CUUCUUGAAUAAGCCCACAAGGAGUUCAACUGUACAAGGGGAUCACGGCUACUCUCCCACUGCCCACUAGCCUCAGAGUGAAGAGAAUAUAUACUCCUCCAAUGCUACUUUCGGUGCAGUACAUCACUUGCUGUGACAGAGUUAGCCAUGGCCGCAAUGAGGGCUACUUCCUCCUUCCUCUCACGCCGCGGCCUCCUUGCGAGGCUCUCUGCCGACCCCCUUGUCAGAGCAGACAAUGCAUGGCACUUGUUGCCCGGAGCAUUUCACAGGUUCAGCACGGCACCGGCUGCCGCCGCCGACGAGGAACCCAUCAAACCCCCAGUGGAGGUGAAGUACACCCAGCUCCUCAUCAACGGCAACUUCGUCGAUGCAGCAUCUGGAAAGACGUUCCCGACGGCGGACCCCCGCACGGGCGAGGUCAUCGCCCGAGUGGCCGAGGGCGACGCCGAGGACAUCGACCGUGCAGUCGCCGCUGCCCGCAAGGCCUUCGACGAGGGACCGUGGCCUCGGAUGACCGCCUACGAGCGGUGCCGGGUGCUGCUGCGUUUCGCGGACCUGAUGGAGCGGCACAGCGACGAGAUCGCGGCGCUGGAGUCGUGGGACGGCGGGAAGCCGCUGGAGCAGACGGCGCGCGGGGAGGUGCCGAUGGCGACGCGGUGCAUUCGGUACUACGCCGGGUGGGCGGACAAGAUCCACGGCCUCGUGGUGCCGGCGGACGGCCCGCACCAUGUCCAGGUGCUGUACGAGCCCAUCGGCGUGGCGGGGCAGAUCGUGCCCUGGAACUUCCCGCUGCUUAUGUUCGCUUGGAAGGUCGGCCCGGCGCUCGCCUGCGGCAACGCCGUCGUGCUCAAGACCGCCGAGCAGACGCCGCUCUCCGCGCUCUACGUCGCCAGCCUCCUCCAUGAAGCCGGGCUCCCGGAGGGCGUCCUCAACGUCGUCCCCGGUUUUGGUCCCACGGCCGGGGCCGCGCUCUCCAGCCACAUGGGCGUCGACAAGCUUGCGUUCACCGGAUCGACCGGCACGGGCAAGAUCAUUCUUGAACUGUCGGCGAGGAGCAACCUGAAGCCGGUGACGCUGGAGCUCGGAGGCAAGUCUCCGUUCAUCGUCAUGGACGACGCUGAUGUCGACCAGGCCGUUGAGCUCGCCCAUCGGGCGCUCUUCUUCAACCAGGGGCAAUGCUGCUGCGCUGGGUCUCGGACGUUUGUGCACGAGCGCGUCUACGACGAGUUCGUGGAGAAGGCCAAGGCUCGCGCUGAGAGGCGUGUGGUCGGAGACCCCUUCAAGAAGGGUGUUGAGCAGGGACCUCAGAUCGACGGCCAGCAGUUCAAGAAGAUCUUGGGCUACGUCAAGUCCGGCAUCGAUGGUGGCGCCACCCUCGUGACCGGUGGCGACCGGGUAGGCAGCAGAGGCUUCUACAUCCAGCCCACGGUUUUCGCCGACGUUCAGGAUGAGAUGAAGAUCGCUCAAGAGGAGAUAUUCGGGCCCAUCCAGUCCAUCCUCAAGUUCAGGGAUGUGGGGGAGGUGGUGAGGAGGGCGAACGCGACGCACUACGGGCUGGCGGCAGGGGUGUUCACGAGCAACCUCGACACAGCCAACACGCUGGCACGGGCGCUGAGGGUGGGAUCGGUGUGGGUCAACUGCUACGACGUCUUCGAUGCGGCCAUCCCUUUCGGCGGCUACAAGAUGAGCGGCAUCGGGAGGGAGAAGGGCGCCUACAGCCUCCGCAACUACCUCCAGACCAAGGCCGUCGUCACGCCCCUCAAGGACCCCGCUUGGUUGUAGUGGCAAACUUGGCCGGUGGUGAGCCUAUACCUUGAAUAAAACCGUGUAAGCACAACGGCUUGUCCGUGAUCGGCCAGGUUAUGUUGUCUUAGGAUAUUGUUGAGCCAACUGGGGCAUAAUUGGAGAUGCUUGUUUGGUUUUA